AUGGAGGCUGCUGGGGUCUGCUUGUGUCAGUAUGUUGUCAUCUCAGGUCACCUCCUGUUCACUCUUUGCUUUGCCUUCAUUCGAGUGUCAGAAAUAACCACAGAUAUCAGUCCCCAGAGUGUUGGCGGCUCUCGCGAGGAACCUCAGUUUGUGACGGCACGUGCUGGGGAGAGUGUAAUCUUGGGGUGCGAUGUGAUACACCCCCUCACCGGACAGCCUCCUCCAUAUGUAGUUGAGUGGUUUAAGUUUGGAGUUCCCAUUCCCAUUUUCAUCAAAUUUGGGUUCUAUCCUCCUCAUGUGGACCCAGAAUAUGCAGGCCGUGCUAUUCUUCAUGACAAAGCAUCUCUACGCAUUGAGCAAGUACGUUCACAAGAUCAGGGCUGGUAUGAGUGCAAGGUACUGAUGCUGGAGCAGCAAUACGACACCUUUCAUAAUGGCAGCUGGGUGCACCUCACUAUAAAUGCACCCCCCACAUUCACAGAAACACCACCUCAGUACCUGGAAGUUAAAGAAGGGAGCAGUACCACCCUCACUUGCACUGCUUUUGGAAACCCCAAACCUACUGUCACGUGGCUGCGGGAGGGUCAGUUCCUUGUUGGAAACGCCAAAUAUCAGGUGAAUGAUGGCAGUCUAACCAUUUCUUCCAUCGGACGUGAAGACAGAGGAGCGUACACCUGCCGAGCUUCCAGUAUACAGGGAGAAGCCGUACACAGCACACGACUCCUUGUACAAGGGUCACCUUUCAUUGUUUCCCCCCCUGAGAACAUCACGGUUAACAUUUCCCAAGAUGCUCUGUUCACAUGCCAGGCCGAGGCGUAUCCAGGGAACCUCACCUACACCUGGUACUGGCAAGAGGAGAACGUCUUCUUUAAGAACGACCUGAAGAUGAGAGUGCGCAUUCUGAUAGACGGCACGCUCAUCAUAUUCAGAGUCAAACCAGAGGAUGCUGGGAAAUACACCUGUGUGCCUAGCAACAGCCUGGGACGCUCGCCAUCUGCCUCAGCGUAUCUGACUGUACAGUAUCCUGCACGAGUAGUGAACAUGCCACCUGUUAUUUAUGUCCCGGUUGGAAUUCAUGGUCACAUUCGUUGUCCUGUGGAGGCUGUGCCACCUGUCACUUUUGUAAAAUGGAAUAAAGACGGUCGACCAUUAAGGAUUGAAAAGUUUUCAGGCUGGAAGCUUCUGGAAGAUGGAUCUCUUCAUAUUGAGGAAGCUACGGAGGAGCUACUGGGCACAUACACCUGUGUGCCUUAUAAUGCAUUGGGGACCAUGGGGCAGUCUCCUCCUGCAAGGCUGCUGCUGAAGGACCCGCCCUAUUUCACGGUGCUGCCCGGCUGGGAGUAUAGACAAGAGGCCGGAAGGGAGCUGUUGAUGCCUUGUGCAGCUGCAGGGGAUCCUUUCCCCUCCAUCUCUUGGAGAAAGGUUGGGAGACCCUCUUCCAGUAAGCACAAUGUGCUGCCCAGCGGCUCCCUGCAAUUUCGCUCACUCAGUAAGGAAGAUCACGGAGAAUGGGAAUGCGUGGCUAGCAAUGUUGUGACAAGUAUCACUGCCAGUGCUCACCUCACUGUUAUUGUAAUGGAGGCUGCUGGGGUCUGCUUGUGUCAGUAUGUUGUCAUCUCAGGUCACCUCCUGUUCACUCUUUGCUUUGCCUUCAUUCGAGUGUCAGAAAUAACCACAGAUAUCAGUCCCCAGAGCGAGUGA